GAUGACGCGAACCCGGAAGGGGCAGGGCGGGCGUCGGACGCGGAGUGGCGGUUUGCUGGCCUGGCUCUCCGUAGUAGCCCGCGGAGUUUGAGUGUGAGGAGGUCCGCGGCGCGGCGGGCCCCGGGCUCCACCGGUUCCCGUGUUCACCUGCCCGAGCUUCACAGGUUCCCCGCCCUCCUGCACCGACGGGGCCGCGCUUCUCGCCGCCGCAGAAGUCAGAUGCCAAGAGGUAUGGCGCCCCUCAAGAAACCCCGGAAUCCCACCAAAUUGCCCCUGGCUUUAAACCCCACGAAGAGCAAGGACGUUUUGGCAGUGCUGGCCGAGAGGAACCAGGCCAUAGUACCAAUUGGGGCAUGGGUGGAACCUGCCUCACCAGAUUGCUCGGAAAUCCCAGCACAUACUUCAGCAUACAUGAUUGAAGAGGAAAUAAAGGAACGACAACGAAGAAAACAAGAAGCUUUGAAACAUUUUCAGAGGCAAGUCAAACGCCGGGUAAAUCAGCAAGUUAAGCUGAGGAAAAAGCAUCAGCUUCAAAAGUCUUCCAAAGCAGCAGAAAAGGAAGGCUCUAUAGCCAUGCGAUGUUCAGAUUCAGCACAUUUAACUCCUAAAAGGACAAGUGUUUUCCCCAGCAAUUUGAACACUGCUGUUGGAAGUUGUAGGUUACCCGCUUCCCAGGUGCUUGGGGAUGCAACAGAAGAUGGAGAGAAUCAGAAUCAGUUGUUUCAACAACAAGCUCAAGCUCUUAGUCAGACUAUGAAACAGGCACGUCACCAGCUGGCAUCCUUUAAAACUGUGAGUGAAAAAAAGACUUCAGUGUUUCUAAAUGGUAGAAGGAAAAGCUCUCCUACCCAAGAGAAAGCACUUCUUAGGAAACCAGCAUGCAUCAAGAUAAAUAAAGAAACAAGAGAGGAACUGCCUGGUAAGAUCCAUGAAGGCCCUGUAACUACAGUGCAUUACCAGAACUUGAUGGAAAAUCAGGACCUUGGCUGUGGGGAACUUUCAUCUGUUGCGACAGAUGAGGAGAGAGAAGAUUUGUUUGUGGGUUACCAGCAGGAUCUUCUUUCUGAAAACAAAGAAAAGACUCUCAGCAAAGUUCAGAAAGUAAAAUUCAAAAAUCCAUUAUUUGUUGUGAUAAAGGAAGAUGAACAAAAGCAAUUACAUCUUCACAGCCGUCAGGCUGUUCUUCCAGAAGCCCAGGAUUAUCUUGUAGAAGUUCAAGACAACUGUCCAGGAUCCCAGAGUGAUGUGAUUGAUGUCUUUAAUGUUGAGCCCAAAGCUUCAAGUGUUGAGCCUGAAGUUCCAGGCACUGAGCCAAACACCCAGGCCACUGGAACCGAGUUGAAGACCACCCAGCUGGAAAGCCAGGCUCUCAGGACAGAACCUGGGGACAUUCUUGAAGCCCAGGCUGUUGAGCUAGAUGGGAAUACUGAGUUGGAAGCCCAGGAUUUUCUACCCCCAAAUCAGGCCUUUCUAUCCAAAGACCAGGAUUUUCUGCCCAAAUGUCAAGACCAGGACUCUUUACACAAAGACCACCAUGAUCUCCCUAAAUACUGGAAUGUUCUACCUAAAUGUCAGGACCAGCAUUUUCUACCAGUAGACCAGGAAUUUCUACCUAGAAACCAGGUUGGUUUACCUGAAGAACAGAGUCAUCCACUCAAAUAUCAGAACCAGGAUCUCCCACCUAAAGAACAGAGUUUCCUGCCUAGACACCAGUAUAUUUUACCUAUGUAUCAGAACAGAAGAGGUCCGCAUGUUCUUCCUAAAUGUCAGGACCAUGAUGUUCUUUCCCAAGACCAGAAUAAUCUGCACAAAUGCCAGGAGCAGGAUCUUCCACUCCAAAACCAGGACAUGUUUCUCAAGCAUCCCUCAACUUUGAUGAAAGAAGAGAGAGAGGAUGAGGAGUUACCUCUAGAGUGUCAUCAGUAUGCUCCACCUCAGAUCCAGGACCAAGUCUUCCUUAGAGAACAGAGCUUACAUUUUAGGCAGCAGCCAUCUGUUAAUACAUCUGAAAAGUGGCAAGAGGAUUUACAUCUUGGUGGUCAUGAACAUCUUCCACCCAGACACCAGAGAGACACAUGCAGCAGGCGACAGCAGGUGUUUGAGGAGUAUCGAUCAGGACUGAGCACUGAAUACUACGCUCUACUGGCAUUUCAGUCUGGAGUGGAUCAAGAAGAAGACAAGAAAGAGCGUCAAAAGCAAUACCUGAGACACAGGAGGCUUUUCAUGGACAUUGAGAGAGAACAAGUGAAGGAACAAAACAGACAAAGGGAGCGAAAGAAAAGAAUUGAAAAAAUUAAGAAAAGGAAAGAACAGCAGCGCUAUGCUGAAGAGCAGAGACUCCUAAGAAUGCACUGUCGUGAAGAACCUUAUUCAGAAGAGAAGAUAAGUGAUCUUUUAGCCCAGUUACAACUUGAAGAAAUAAAAGGAGCCAGAGAAAAACAGCACCGGAGAGAAAAAGAAUAUGUAAGAUAUGUAGAAGCUUUACGAGCCCAGGUCCAGGAGAAAAUGAAGCUUUAUAAUAUCACUUUACCUCCAUUAUGCUGUUGUGGUCCUGAUUUCUGGGAUGCUCAUCCUGAUACCUGUGCCAACAAUUGCAUUUUCUAUAAAAACUACAGAGCAUAUAACCGGGCAUUACAUUCAGUCAUCAAUUCUUCUGAUAUCUCCGAGGGGAAUGCAACUCUUCGAAACGCCAUUCGUAAUUUUGCUUCUGUACAUAGACGGACUUCAAAAAAAAGUCUCCAAUGAGAGUCUGAAAUCAGUGCCAAUGACUGCUAAAGAAUGUCAACAGAAUGCUAUGUCACAUAGAAAACCACAAGACAACCUGAAGCUGUUGGGAGCCAUCACAGUGUCCUAGCCUCACAGUGCAUACCUUGAACUACAGCCCUUCCAAAAGGCAUCUUCCCCAUGCCAAGCAAGGAGCAUCAAGAGUUUGUUUUUGUUUACUUUACAAAUUACGGAUAUGUACAGUUUUCAACUCAGGGUUUUCAGCCAAUAACCAUGCUAAUAUCACCUCACAAACUGAAAACAAAAUGCCAGAAACAUCUUCAAAUGCCCUAUCAUACCAAAAGCAAAUUGCAGAGUAAGGAGAACACAAGAGUACCUUUUCAUUUUAAAAUGUUUGGAAACAUGUACAACUUAGUACAGUUACAGGAGCUCCAGAUACAUGUGUCCACUUCAAGUAAACCAGAGGCUUUGAGAAGCUGGGGUAACUGUGGUCAGAUUGUAAAUUAAACCCAAUGAGGAGAGUAGAUACAGCUCAGAUACGAUGUGUGGAUCAUAGCACUCCCCUCUCCAUGUAUUUGUAAGGAGACACAUAAACACUUUUAGCUGAGAAUGGUGGUACAUGCCUGUAAUCCCAGUACUGUUGGGAGGCUGAUGCAGGGGGAUCAGGAGUUUGAGGCCAACUGGGCUACAUGAAACUGUCUCAAAAAAAGCCAAAUAAAAUAGUUGUUUUUCCUCCUUC